UUUACAUUGACAUUAUAUUUUUACAAGAAGCAAAUAUCACAAAGUUUUUUUUAAUGUUUUGUUUUUUUUGGUUAAAUGUGUUGAAAAGUUGCUGUGUAUUUUAGCAUGCUCCACUUUACAAUCAGUGCCCCAUAGUUUUCACCUGAAAUUCCAACAUAUUGCCAUUCUAUAAAGUAAUCAUAUCUAAAAGUAAGACUCAGGUUAUCAGCAUCGAAAGCCAACUAAUUAAUGAGCUAGAUGGCACUCAUACACCAAGUAAGCAUGUCAGUAAAAUCUUUUUUUUUUUUUUUUUGACAUCCAGGACUGUAAUUCUAUGUUAUGGAAAUGUUUAAGUGACACUGCCACUCCUUGCUUUGUUCAAAAGGUGAGAAGCUAGUUGGUUAGAGGAAUGAAAUGCAUGCACACUAUGCAAAUUGUGAAUGCUGUCUUUGUGUUUCUCAUUCUGCUUGACACACACUCAAUACAUGGGUAAAGUUUAGAAGAACUGAAAUGUGUUCAAAUGUCAGGUGCUCCUCGAGACCAGGUGAUACUUUAAAAAGAUAACAAUCAUAGAGAAAAAUGAAGGCGACAUCAGAUGCCUCAGAUUUUUCCAAUGACAGUAUCAGUACCCAUGAGGUUUGGCCCGAUGACUCAAUCGUUGGGAAACCUGUCGGAAGUUGUACUCUUGCCGUCAGACAGCAUUUCUAGUCAACUUUCGGGACACCGAGUUCCAUGAUAGCAUCACACACUCAACCGACAUGGAAAUAGUGACGGGAGCGACUUCAGAUCUCUUCGAAUCACCGGUUGAAAAAGGUUACGUAACACACACACACACACACAACAAACACGGAAUGUACUUGCUGAGGUUGCUGAAACACAGAUGGGGGUGGGGGUAAACGCAACACAGUCAUGAACACGUACGGAUACACUUGCGACAGCUGUUUGUGUUGGUAAAAGUGCACGCGCGCACACAUUUAUAUUCCAGGUCGCGUAGCGUAAACCGUGACACACUCAAAGGCCUGAUAGGUUGGCAGCAUUUCAAAAGUGAAAUCCAGGGCACUGUGGGGCAAACUGCUUUUAGUAGUGCUCUUGAUAUAAAGACUCACCUCAGAUGAACUUGGCAUUACCUCAUUCUCUGAUAAUCAUUUGUCAUUUAUUUACAGUUUUACAUUCUGUCUGACCUGAAUGUAUGAAUGAAUUUGAAUGAACAAUGAACUGUGCAGCAUACCAAAUGUCCUUUUUCUUCUUCUUUUUCUUCUUUUUUAUUUUUGCAGUCAUACUACGGUUGAUGAGAGAGGAAUGUUGCUCCGCUGCUUCGGGCCAGACUGAAAUAUUUGAACAGCUAUUCGAUUAUUGCAAUGCAAUUUAGUACAGGUGUCAAUAUUGCCCAGAGGAUGAAUCCUAAUAACUGGAAAGCCUUUUUUCCCUUAGCACCAUCAGUAAACGUUUUUUUAAAUGUUGGCAUGCUAACAAAGGUGGUGAACACAUUAAACAUUCGACCUGCUUAGUAUGCGGAUGGUAGCUUUUAGCUUGCAGAGCCUGUAACAUGGCUUUAGACAAGGCGUGUACAAUGUACAUCAAAGUCACAUUUCCGUACGUACCUCAGUUUCGAGGUUGUGGCUCAGUAGGAGUUUGGUACAGUGGAAAUAGUGAACCCUUCUUCCCCCCCUCCCUCUUCUUCCUCACCAGCUCUCCCUCUGUGUGUGUGUGGAGGUGUGGCGACAGCAGCGUAGUGGUGCACCUGCUCUUCAUCACCUCAUCACCUGCCGACUACUUAAUCCCGGUCUCCCCACAACUCCGGCGCCAGAAAACCUCGGCACUACUCUGCUCUGUUUCCUGCUUACCUGCCUGCCAGUCGGGCUCUCGCACCUGUCUACCACCCCUGCAGUACCACGAAAAUAAACCUUUUCAACUUGCAAGCUCAGUCUCCAACUGCUGCAUUUGGGUUCACAAGACUCAUCCGUAACAUCUGUAAGACUCACACAAGCCUUUAUUGGGCGAGUGACUAUUUUUGGUAAUUUCCGCACACUUUGCAAAUGGCCACCCUCCUGUACGUCAGUUAGAUCAAGAACCAUGUGGUCUUUACUCAGCCAAUCAGAAGAGAUCACCCUACAUCACAGAUCACAUGACUGUGGCGUUCGACCAAUCAGCAGAGACCUGGAGUCCAUCUAACUUUCUCUUUCCACUGAUGGCGCUAAAAGACGCUAAAGAGACCGAGCUGCCCGUAAAUUUCUGUACUAAACUUCGAAACUAGCCAUGGUAAGUUGAUGAAUUUCACACAUUUUAUAGUUAAAUAGUUGUGCUUAGUAAUGACAUAUGUGUUUUUUGUGGAGGACUUGUGGAAAUUUGUAAAAUUACAGCUUGAAAAAUGCAGGCACCAUAUUUGAUCAUAUGCCCGGUUCACCUAAAAGAGGGAUUUCAUUAGGUGUGUCCAUUUUUGGACAUAUGCCCGAUGCAUCUAACAUUGCAUGCUUAUAGCAUUUUCUUGAUUAAAAAAAACAAUACAACUAAAAACAUUAUGUUUAAAUGUUGCCAAAGGUUUUUAUAAUACUAUAUAGUAAUUCAGGGAUAAUUUUAACCGAUUUCUAGAAAUAUUAAAGCUAUAAAUAGUGAAAAAUUGUGAUUUUUGUCAGUUUGUGACCUUUUAACAACUGUUAUAUUUUUUUAGGCAAUGUCUGCCCGCAUGUUUUAUGCCAAGAAGCAGAAUACUGUCGUGCCCACCCACCCUGCCAUCAGUGAUGAUGAGGAGGAGGAUGAUGAUGAUGUGGCAGACCCUGAUUUUGUCCCACCCACCCACAACCAGGACAUUCCAUGUAGUGAUACUGACCCCUCUGCCAGGAGGAAAUGGAUCCAGCCUGUGGUGGAAGUGCUCCAAGAAAAUGACAGUGAGGACAGUGAGUACAGUGAGGAUGACAACGAUGAUGAUGAUGACGAUGAUGAUGAUGAUAAUGUGCAGCCAGCAGUACAAGCCCAGAGGCCAAGGCCUGGCAAGUCGGCACCCAGGCCAACCACUUGGCAUAAAGUUGACCUGAACAACACAGCCCUUCCUGAAUACCAGCACGCUGCCCCAGACUACAUUGACAUGCCUUUUCAGUACUUUAUUAGGUACUUUGAUGCCCAAAUAAUCAGUCACAUAACAUAUCAGACAAACUUGUAUGCUGCUCAAAAGGACAUCAACACCACUUUCUCCACCAAUGAGAAUGAAAUAAUGACCUUUCUGGCCAUCCUCAUCUAUAUGGGUGUUGUUCAGCUCCCCUCUGUUGAAGAUUACUGGGCCAUGGAAACCAGGGUCCCUCAAGUUGCCGACCUGAUGUCAUCAAAGAGGUUCAGGCUGCUGAAAAGGGUUAUCCACUUCAAUGACAACACUCAGAUCCCUGGCACCAGCGACCGUUUCUUCAAAGUCCGGCCCCUGUUCAGCUAUCUCAAUAAUGCCUUCAGGCGUGAGCCACAGACCCCCAAACAGUCUGUAGAUGAGGUUAUGGUUGCCUACAAAGGGAAGACAGCUGGCAACCUAAGGCAAUAUAUCAAAAGCAAGCCAGACAAGUGGGGUUUUAAGUUGUUCGCGAGGGCUUCUGAGGACGGCUUCAUCCAUGACAUGGUGCUCUACCAGGGCAAAACUACCCUGGAGGCCCAUGAUGUACCCCAGACGCCUGAACAAAAAGUGCUGGGUGCCACCAGUCAGAUUGUUGCUGUCCUGGCAAGUACCAUGUCCUCCCCCACCACCACAGCCAUCUUUGCUGACAACUUUUUUACCAGCAUGGAGCUAGUGCGGUACCUCAGAGAUCAGAAUUGCAGGUACACAGGGACAGCAAGGGACAAUAGAAUAAAAAAUCCUCCACUCAAGUCCAUCAAGGAGAUGGAGAAGAAGGCUGUACCCCGUGGCACUUAUGACUAUGCUACCAGUGAUGAUGGGAUACUGGCCGUCAGAUGGAAGGACAACAGAACGGUCACUCUGCUGUCAACAGACAUGGGGGUGGAGCCGAUGUCCUCAGUCAUUAGGUACUGCAGUGAGACCAAGAUGAAGGAGCCUGUGAGCUGUCCAGCCGUCAUCAAGAGUUAUAACGCCAACAUGGGGGGCAUUGAUAAAAGUGACAUGUUGGUACACCUCUACCGCACCCCCAUGAAGUCCAAGAGGUGGUACUUGCGUCUGUUCGCAUAUGCCGUGGAUGUCAGUAUCACAAAUGCCUGGGUUGUGUACAGACGGGAUAGUAUGGCCCUUGGAGUGAAAGACCAGUCUCUGAAAGAUUUCAGAAUCCAGGUGUUCAGGGGUGCCAGCGGCCAGACAUCUGCCAAAUCAAGCUCCAGAAGAAGCUCAUCCUCAUCUGUUGAAAGCCUGAGCAUGUAUGUCGCUGUACCGCAGCCACACACCAAAUGAGGCUGUGCGCUUUGACCUGUCCCUCUUCCAUGCCCCUGUACAUGACAAACGCCAGACCUGCAAGUACUGCAGCCGGAAAGGCAACAUUGUGAGGUCAAAUGUGGUAUGCAGGGUCUGCAAGGUCCACCUUUGCAUGAACAGUGAGCGCAACUGCUUCAUUAGAUACCAUGAAUAAGAAACAUGAAUGUUGAAAGUUGUACUGUGUAUGUUAUAUAGUUUCUAAAGUUAUGAUGAAUGUUAUACUGUUAUACAGUACAUAAAGAUUUACUGUGCAUGUGAUACUGUAUGUUAUACAGUAUAUAAAGUUGUACUGUGUGUUAUACUGUUAUA